AUGAAGUUCUUCAACCCUUUUCAGAAACAUGACCACAGCAACUUUCCUGGAGUUGUGAUACCCCUCGCCAGCGCUCAUCCCCCUCGUUCCAUCCCGAGCCCGAGCCCGAGUACGGUAGACAAGAAACACGGCUCAGAUGAGAAGGCCGACGACAGGAGCUUGGAACACGCCCCUUCAACGGAAAAGGGAAUUGGCUCCGCCAUCCCGAAGUAUAGCCAGCUGACCAUUGAAGCUCUGCGUGCCGAAGUUGAGUCCGACGUUGCUACUUCGGGCCACGAUAGCGCCUAUGACCGCAAAGCAAAAGUGAUUAAUAGAGCUGUUCAAGACAUUGGUAUGGGACGUUAUCAGUGGGAGUUGUUUGCCCUCUGUGGAUUUGGCUGGCUUGCCGACAAUCUUUGGUUGCAAGGCGUUGCUCUAACCCUACCGCAAUUAUCCAUGGAGUUUGGCGUUUCCUCUGAUCAUGUCCGAUUUACCACCUGCGCCCUCUUUUUGGGCCUUUGCCUGGGUGCAUCAUUUUGGGGUAUUGCAUCGGACGUUAUCGGACGUCGCCCUGCUUUCAACCUGACUCUCUUCAUCACCGGUGUUUUCGGUCUGGCCGCUGGUGGUGGACCAACCUGGAUCGGUGUCUGCGCCUUGUUUUCCUGCCUAGGAUUAGGCGUAGGUGGAAACUUGCCUGUUGAUGGUGCACUUUUCCUGGAGUUCCUGCCUUUUGCGUCGGGAAACCUCUUGACCAUGCUGAGUGUCUGGUGGCCCGUGGGAAACCUCAUUGCCAGUUUGCUUGCGUGGGCCUUCAUCCCCAACUACACCUGCCAGUCUGGACUUCCUUCCUGCCACAAAGUUGGGGAUGGAGUCGCGUGCUGCAGCAAGAGGGACAACAUGGGUUGGAGAUACCUGGUUUUGACGCUAGGGGCUCUGACCUUUGUCAUGUUCAUUUGUCGUUUCUUCCUAUUCCACUUGUAUGAAUCUCCCAAGUUUCUGUUGUCUCGUGGUCGUCAGGGUGAGGCAGUUGCCGCUGUCCACGGCAUCGCAUACAAGAACAGGUCCAAGACAUGGCUUACCGAGGAAAUUCUGAACGAAAUUGGAGGCUACCCGGACGAAGUUACCCAACAAACUCUUACUAGCAAGGAUAUUAUCCAGAGAUAUCUUUCCAAGUUCUCUAUGCAGCGCAUUGCACCUCUCUUUGCUACCAAGAGACUUGGAUUCACAACCGUUCUCCUGUGGUUCUGCUGGGCUACAAUCGGCAUGGGCUACCCGCUGUUCAACGCCUUUCUUCCCCAGUAUAUCAAGCGGGCCGGUGGAUCAACCGAACAAUCGACCUCCACUGUUUAUCGCAACUAUGCCAUUACCGCUAUUGUCGGCGUUCCGGGUUCGAUCCUUGCCUGCUACACCGUCGACGUUAAGUAUGUUGGCCGCAAAGGCACAAUGAUCGCCUCGACUCUGAUCACCGGCGUUCUUCUUUUCUGCUUCACCGCUUCUACCAACCCUGAUGUCCAGCUGGUCUGCACGUCCCUUGAAGCCUUCUUCCAGAACAUCAUGUACGGUGUUUUGUACGCCUACACCCCCGAGGUCUUUCCGGCCCCAAACCGUGGCACCGGCACCGGUAUCGCCAGUUGUCUUAAUCGGAUCGCUGGACUGUGCGCUCCGCUGGUCGCCAUCUACAGCGGCAGUAACCCUAAUGCGCCAAUCUAUGCCUCUGGCGCUCUGAUGCUGGCUGCCUUUGUGGCCAUGUGUUUACUUCCGAUCGAGACUCGGGGUAAGCAGACUUUGUAA